AUGUUCUUUAGAUAUGCCUCACUCGAAGAACAGCGUCGGAUCGAACAACUAAGCAAAGAUGAUCGCGAUAUCAUUCUUGCGGAAAAAUUACCUGUGGAGGUCAAUAGUGAGAUGAGCACAGCUAUCCAGAGAUGUUACGAUCAGUAUUCGAAGCUGAGGGACGAUGUUGAUAUGGCUGCAACUGUUUUUAGGUCAGCUGUAAGAGGUGUCAUAUCUCCAAAGAAGAUUUUUUUGUUUGAAACCGUAAUUUUGCCAUCAAACAUGGGUUACGAAUGUUGAAC